GCCCGUCGCCCGUCGCCCGCUGCCCGCCGCCCGCUUCGGGCUCUCCCUGCGGCCGCGGUACGGGGAGCCGGGCUGGAGGAAGGGAGGGAGUGGAUGCGGACUCCGAGCGGUGACCGGUCCCGCGCGUCCUAAGCCGAGGCCCCUUAGCGGCCGCCGCAACCGCCAGACACGCGGACAAGCGCGCAGCAGCGCCCGGCCGGCAGCCGAUCGCGCGUCCCGGCCCACCGCCCAGACACGGACGGCGCGGUCCGCCCCGGCGGGCGACUUCGGCGGCUCCGCCACCCCGACCGGCUCCGCCCCGGGCCCCGGCGUUCCUCCUCGCCGCCGCCGCCGCCCCCGCCUCCACAGCCUCCACAGCCUCUGCCGCCGCCGCCUGCGCCCCGACCGCCGCCGCUGCGCCCGCUCCGGCCGCGACCCCAGCCCGGGCCCCGACCUGAGCCCCGACCGCGCCCGCGGCCCUGCCAGCCUCGCCCGCGGCCUGGGCCCCGGCCCCGGCACUGGAGGUCCAGCCGUGGGUACGAUGCUGCCCAGCUCCAUCCAGAUCUCAGGGGAGCCGUUGUCGGGCGCCGAGGUGCGGGACAUCUGCCGCGGCCUGCGCGACAACGCCGUGCGCCUGCUCUCCCUGCGCGGCUGCCGCCUCUGCGACCGCGACUUCGGCCGCAUCUGCCGGGCCCUCGCCGGGGCCACGUCCCUGGCGCAGCUCAACCUUAACCUGGGCGUCGUGUCCAGCCCCAGCCGCAUCAAGCAGCUCGCCGAGGCGCUGCGGACCAACCGCUCCAUCCAGUCCCUCUUCCUGCAUGGGAGCCCCCUGACAGAUGCGGGGCUGGCCUUGCUGAACCCAGCCCUGGCCCUCCAUCCUGCCCUUGUGGCUCUGGACCUGGGGGACUGCAUGUUGGGUGAUGAAGCCAUCAACCUCAUCUGUGGCCUCCUCCCCCCAGACGGGGCCAAGUCUGGUCUGAAGGAGUUAACGCUGAGUGCCAACCCUGGCAUCACUCCUAAGGGCUGGAGCCGCCUUGCCAUUGCUGUGGCCCACAGCUCCCAGGUCCGCGUCCUCAAUUUGGACUACAACCCCCUGGGUGACCAUGUGGCAGGGAUGCUGGCUGUGGCUGUGGCCUCCAGUCGCACCUUAGAGGUCCUGGACUUGGAGAGCACAGGGCUCACCAACCAGUCCGCUCAGACCCUGCUGGACAUGGUAGAGAAUUACCCCACAGCUUUGCGGAGCCUGGUGUUGGCUGAGAACAGCAUUAGCCCAGAGCUGCAGCAGCAGAUCUGUGACCUCCUUUCUGAGGGAGAAGAGGAGGAGGAGGUGGCAGGAGGGCCUGGUCACACCCAGGAAGGAGAGAGGGGGCGGGAGUCUGCCGCCCACCCCAGGGGAAGCAGUUCCUGGAUGUGCCCCAGUGAUCCCAGCUCUCAGAUGGUGCUAAUGACAUCAGGACUAGGGGACAGUCUGUUGGCUGAGACCGAGAUGUGACUCUCCACUUGGGCUUCCACACAUGAUUACAUUUGCCUCUGUCCCCAGCACCGUGCCCCAGAUACCAGGGUCAGGCCCUGGGGCUUGGGAGGGAGGGGGUUGCCUGGGGCUCUGGCAGCUCGUGGCAGUGUGAUGGGAGGCUCUGGAAACUGUGAAGAGCAACAGCCUUGGAGGCACUCGAACGCAAGGCAAUGGCUCUGGACUUGUUGGCAGCUCUGGCUGCAGCCCGCUGGCUCGGAAGAGAUUUUAUGAACUCUACAA